UGACGUUCAAGUGAACUUCAAGCUUAAAGCUUCAAAGUUGCUUACUAGCACAUUUUGUGACUGUCGGAGAAAAAACAAAAUGCCUACGUUUAUGUUACCGGAUCGAUGGGCUCUGUUACUGAAACAUUGGAGUACUGAUGAAAAAUUUAAAAAGAGGAGUGAGAUUGGGAAGAUGGCUCGCGCAUCAGAAAAGGGAGGCUCUUUGCACACUGGUGGAGCUAUUAGCCAGGUUACUAGGAAGGAAAGAAUGGAAAAAGAGUUGGGUAGGCCGAUAGCUGUAGCAGAGAUGUUCAAGGUUACUCAUGUCAAGAAGAGUACGAACCCCACAGAAGAAGAAAGAUGGAUUGAGCCACGUGCUCAAGAGACAUAUGAUAGGUAUAUACGAAUAUCUCAGUAAUAUCGUAGUACUCUACCUCUUGAGAGUCAGGACAGACCAUUUACACAAGAAGAAAACGAGAAUCUUUGGAAAUAGAGUGCUGGUGAACCGAUUAGAGGUUCAAU